ACAAUGUCGGUCUCACAGAUUCUGGUGCCGAAGAUCUCGUCUCCUCCCUCCGUACAAACCCAACACUGAUGGAGCUGGAUUUGAGUUUUAAUGAACUGGGAGGUUCCGGAGUGAAAUUGGUGUCUGCGGCUCUGAGGAAGUCAGAGUGUAAAAUACAGAAACUUGGGCUGAGGGGUGUCGGUCUCACAGAUUCUAGUGUUGUGGAUCUCGUCUCCGCUCUCAGUACAAACCCAUCACUGACGGAUCUGAGCCUGGAAUCAAACUCUCUGACAGACGGAUCUGUCCCCGCUCUCCGCUGCCUCAUAGUGACCCGCCCGAGUCUGAAGCUGAUCUGGCUGGGGGGGAAUCGGUUCAGUGAGACCGGGGGGAAGGAACUGGAGUCUCUGGAGGAACUCAGACCCGGACUGAUGGUGGAUCUGCGGACAUUUAGCCUUUAACCUUUAUCUUACCUGGAACCCAGACCCGGACUGAUGGUGGAUCUGUGAUCCUGUGAACAUCCCCGCCCGCGGGAUGGGGACAUUUGGCCGACUCCCCGCCCUCCCCUUUAACUCCCGCCCUUACCUUUAACGGCCGCGCGCCGGGGCUGAUUCCCAACGGUUUUAACGGACCCGGCUCGGGCCUCGCGCUGUGUGCGUCGCUCGGAGCGGUCCCGCAAUGACGUGUUUCCGCCUGUUGUCCGGCGGGACAGCUUCCGCCGGAAGUGCGUUACGAGACUCCCGACGUGACUCCCCGGGGAAUUACCCGGACAGGAAGAGCCCGGGGUCCGGGGCUCAGUCUGGGACACCGGUGUCCCGGGGUGGGGGGGAUGGUCCCGGGAGAGAAUCCUUUUGCCCCCUUUGCUGAGGACGGUGCAUUCGGCAGCCUGGCCGAUAUAAUGAUGUUAAAUGGACAAAUCCCUCGGCAGUGACCCUGGAUCUGCAGCGAUCCCGGACACGGCCCUGAAGUGUGAUUUUAUAAUCAUCGGUUCCCCGAUGCAGAGUGACGAUGAGAAACGGGACUGAUUAUUCAACCGGUCACUCCUUGUCGCCGGUCAGUUAAUUGUGUGUGACUGUGAGUGAGUCGGGAGCAGCUUAUUUAUUCCCGCACGUCAGCAGCUCACACAUUGUUUCAUUUACAUUUGUCAUGAUGAAAUAAAUAAACCUGUAACUUCCUGUCCUGG